UUAUUAGUUGUAGGUAUAAGUAAAUAGGGACUUUAAACUCUUUAACUAAACUACAAGUAACCUAUAGUGACAAAAACCCACUUUUGACAUUCCAAAAACUGUCAACAUGUACAGCAUUAGCAAAACAGAAACUUUGGUAACAAUAGCUACACAUUUUUCAAGCAACUUGGCUCUAAAAUUCGAGGACGAUUUCUUUAAUGCUGAUGGGUUUUGUGUCGCUCACGAUGGUCAUAUCAAUUAUAUCCCUUUGAAAAAUCAAAAUAAAAAAUGUAAGUAUGUUCCUGUUUCGAGGGAUCACCUUGGAACUGGAAAAAUUAAAGAGAUAAAAUGGGUAAAAAUAGAAUUUGAGAUAUACUUUAUAACUUUAUCUGAUUUGGGAUUACAUAUAUUUGAUGAGGAGCUGGCAAAUAUAAAGUUUGUAUAUUCCUUUGAUGACUUCACUUUGGAUAAUUCUUGUCCAAAUGGUUGUUGCGUAAGCAAAGAUAUUCUAUAUGUAGCAGUGGAUAACUCAAAAAUCUUUGCAUUUCAAUGCAAAAGAAACUAUUUUCAAAUCAUGAAUGAAACAAAUUGCAUAUUUACAUCAUUUGGUGGUUCAUUUAAAUCUUACAUAGUGACUGAUCAUUUCGAUGCUGUUAGUUUAUGGAAAACCGAUUGCCAUGGAAAAUUAAAUCUCAUAGAGAAGUCAUUGGAAGGGUCCUUAUACGGCACAACAAUCCUCAAAAUAUUUCCAGGAUUCGUAUCAAUAGGUUACAAAACAGGACUCCUUAUAAUCCUUGAAACUCCAUCCUUAAAAUCCCUGGCCAAACCACUGGCUCACAAUUCGGAUAUAACGGACAUAGAUUUCUGCAAGAAUAAAAAUUUACUAUUGACCUGCUCAAAGGAUAUGUUUGUUAAAGUUUUCAAAAUACACGAUACUCGGGAAGAUAAUUCUUCAUUUAAUUUAGAAUGUUUAUUUGAGCUGGAAAAUCCUAAAAAAUUUCCGUACUGUGGUGCCGGAUUUUUGGACCCUGAUGCUACCGAAUUUUUAACUGUCAUGUCCGAUGAAACGCUUGUGCAAAUUUUUAACGGGAAAGUGGAUACCGAGGAAUUGAAUAAUGAAAAACUUUUUUGUCCAUAAUUUUGUCCCUGCUAUAA